GCGUUUCCUGCCAGAACGCGGAUGUUUUUGCAGAAAAUGGCGUCAUGGUUUUGUUGUUCAGUCUGUGGAUGGUGAAGAGAAGGCUCGGUUUAGAUUCCGCACAUCAUUAGAAGGGCUUUAUAUGGUUUAUUAGAUGCGGAUGUCUACAGUCAACAACAUUAGUUGUGUUGUGUUGUCAUUUUCAUCAUUUGUGAGGCGGGGGAGCGCGCGCAAUGACGCAAGGAUCUCCAGCGCUGCGCGCAACGACGAGGAAAGCGCAUCUGUUCGGAGCUCACGCAGCCUCGGUUCUGCUCGUUUGGGUGUCGGUGGAUCUAAAGUUUAUUUUGCGUAUUUGAAGACGUCUUUUAUUUCUUUCUCAUGUGCGUCAUCGCUCUUUGUGGGUUUAAAACGCAUUGUAAUUGCUUCUUCCUUGUCUAGUUCUUGCGCGUGAACUUUCAAAUGCAUUCGUGGAUGAGGUGUAAUAAUACUGAAAAACUAGGCUCUACAGUACGUUUGGAUACUGUGACGCAAUCAAAGGCAGGGGGAAAAGAACAAAAACAUACUCGAGUGGAAGUAAUCAAGUGUCCACAUGGAAUUCAUUGUUUUUGUAGUGAGUUUAAUGUUUCGUAAAUCAACAUGUGUAGUUUCUUUUUCUAAGGGUGGAGUUCUGGGGCAAACCAGAUGCCAAAUGAUUAUCCAUCGCACACUGCGCAAAAGCAACUUAUAGAGACACAUCUGAAGUGUUUAAGAGAUGGAGGAAACCCCAGCCAAUGAGAAGUCUUGUCAGACUGAUGAGGUCACAGGUGAGGCCGUUGUGCCCGGGCCUGACCAUGCGAGCAAGACACUAGUCUAUUCCACAGAACCUGGAGAUCCUCCUUUGCUACAAACACCGCUGCUCACCUCCAAAUCUGGCAUCCAGCAGAUCAUUGAAUGUUUCCGCACAGGGACUGCACAGCUGAAACACAUUCUCCUCAAAGAGGUGGACACAAUCUUUGAAUGCAAACUCUGCCGCAGUCUCUUCCGUGGCCUUCCCAAUCUGAUCAAACACAAGGAAAUGUAUUGUUUCACUCGAAUGCCUGAACCUGAUGACCCUUCUGUAGAUCGCAAGAAGAGCAUAAAAGAACUUCUCCAAGCUAUCAAUCCCUGCUUUGAUAAAGAGGAAUAUGUACUGAAACUGGAUCCCAUUGCUGGCAACCAGAAUGCUGUGUACCAGUACCUGUCCAAAGAAGACGACCUGCCACCUUCAUCUCGAAGCUCCAACCUCAUGGACACAGACGGCUGGACACACUACCACUCCAACGGCCAGGAAGCAUACAUGGAGGAGGUCUGGUUGGAAGAAGAGGAGAACAAUAGCAUUGAUGAGGAAGAUGAGAGAGAGAACAUGGACAAGGGAGAAGAAAACAAGGGGCCUCAGCGUAGUGAAGAACCUGAGGAGCCAACAGAAGACCUGGCCGCCUGCAAAUGCCUUCUCUGCAACAGGACAUACAGGGUUCGAGGUCACCUUAAGAGGCACCUACAGACUGUUCACAAGAUAGUAUCUCCUGGUUCAACAGCCAGCUCCAGUGAUUCCACAUGCAGCUCCAUGAAAAUGCCCAAUGGUAAAGUUCCAGACAAUCCCAACACCAGUCCCAGCUCUUCCUCUAACUCCCAGAGCCAGAAGAGCCCCAAGGAGGACAAAGUCCCAUCCAAGGCUCACUUAGCCAUAGGUUUUGACUUCAAGGCACACUUCUGCAAGCUCUGCAGGCGGACCUUCAGCUCCGUGCAAAACCUGGAGAAACACAUUGAGCUGCACACUGAUAAUGGCACAGACUUCUUUGUCAAGUUUUACAGCUGCCCGCUCUGCCACUACAAGACACGCCGCAAAAGGGACGUGCUACGCCAUCUCUCAGAGCUCCACAAGAAGACGUCCUCCUACCUGAGCAGGAUCUCCCAGUCGCUGGAGAGCUACGCCGUCAAGAAGCCAGCGGAAGUCGUGUUGAACAAAGAAGAGGAGAAAGUUCAAGGUCAACAAGAAGAAGUGAAAGUCCACAACAAACACAAUUCACCAUAUCUGACACGCAGGAACUUGCCUCCAAAAGCUUUUGGCAUAAUGACCAAAAAGACUUUGAAAACAGGCAACAAGAAGUGCCACGACAAGGUGACACCUGACAAACAAUUGAAGCCUAGUAGCCCAAAAGGGAGUGCCUCCAAGAAAUCUAUGCACAUGUGUAACAUCUGCGGCCAGAGCUUUAAAAAGACAAGAUACCUAGGGUUGCACAAGAGAAGCCACCUGAAAUCUGCAACCAGGAGCGCAGGUAUCAGAACGAGAUCCAAGGCAAGCUUUGAUAUCUGCUGACAGCAAACUGGACUUGCAUCGACUGGAAACACAAACUGGACAGUGAGAGUGACAAAGAAAAUCUGACCCAUUCAAAAACUAAAAGAAACAGCGCUAUACUACAAAAAGGACUUUAAAGCAUAAGUAGAGUAUAAGGAACCUUCAGAAAUGUGUUCAAUCAUCCCAAAACACAUACUACAGAAUGUAUGUCAAUGUAACGGUACAGUAUUUUCAGCGGUGCUCUAUUAACCAUUAAUGAGGGGUUCUGAUUACUCUCAGAUAUAAGAGGAAAUAUAUAUGCUUUCCAUCCCCCCACUGUCAUUUCCAUGCUUAAUUUUUGAGCUAGCACAUGCUCUGGGGACGACAACCAGUUGUCCUUGUAUGAACUAAACACUUUCUAUGAGAUCUAUGAUCUAUCAGUUUUAGAAGAUGAUUACGUUAUUUUUCACUCAUUUGUUUAUUAACAUUUUACGGAAAGGUUAACAGGUCUUCACAAGGAUUCACUGUGCAAAUCUAUAGAUCCAAGUUUCUUUUUUUAACCCUUCCGGAGACUUGAUGGAUAAAAGAAUGGCUUUAUUUUUUUUUCUUAUUGUUAAAAUGAAUGUAUUUACCAACAAUAAACAGAGGAAAUGA